AUGUUACGGAAAGCCAUCAUACCCGCUGCCGGUCUGGGGACGCGGUUUUUACCGGUUACCCGGUCGGUGCCGAAGGAACUGCUGCCCAUUCUGGACCGCCCGAUGUUGCAAUACGUGGUCGCGGAGGCUGCAGAGGCUGGGAUCACCGAGGUUAUAGUCAUAACGUCGCCCGGGAAAGAGGGUAUCGCCGAGUAUUUCCGGCCCCGGCCUGACCUGGAGCAGCGGUUGGCUGAUGACGAGCAUUUGUUGAGUCGGGUACGCUCGGGCACCGACCUGGCGGACGUGUCAUUUGUGAUUCAGGAAGAACCGCUGGGCCUGGGCCAUGCGGUCCUGACGGCUCGGGACGCCGUGGGGGACGAACCGUUUGCGGUGAUACUGCCCGACGACAUCAUCGCUAAUACCCCGGGGGCGCUGGCCCAGAUGCUGGCGGCAACCGCCGAGCAGUCGGGCAACGGUGAGUCCGUGGCCGCGGUGGCCGUGGAACGGUUGCCGUGGGAGGUAGUCCACAACUACGGGGUGGUGGAUGCUGAUCCGGACGGGGAGCGUCGGCACCGGGUGAAGGGGCUGGUGGAGAAACCGCCGCCGGGCACUGCCCCAUCCAACCUCUCCAUAGUGGGUCGGUACAUCCUCCCGCCGCAGGUAUUUGAGUGCCUGGAACGCACGCCGCCCGGAGCCAGGGGCGAAAUCCAGUUGACGGACGGUCUGGCGCUGUUGAUGGAAGACUUUCCCCUGUACGCCUGCGAGUUUGAGGGCAUCAGAUACGACGGCGGAAACCCGAUUGGGUUGUUGAGGGCGUCGCUGGAACACGCCCUGGCGCGCGAGGACACCAAAGCGGCGGCUGCUGAGCUGGUGCGGAAGUUGGCGGCCGGCCUUGAUCCGGUGGCAUAG